AUGUCCUAUCCCCAGCAACCGCCUCCCCAAGGAUAUCCCCAGCCGGCAUACGGUGGUUACCAGCAGCCGGGAUAUGAUGCUUACGGUGGCCAGCCAGGCGGAUACCCCCAGGGUGGCUAUGCUCCCCCAGGCCAGUACGGCCCUCCCCAGGGGCAGAUGCAAUACCCCCCGCAAGAACAGCAGCAAGCACCAGAGCCGAAAUCAUCAGACAAGGGAUGCCUUAUGAGUUGUCUGGCCGUGAUGUGUUGUUGCUUCUUGUGUGAGGAGAGUUGUGAAUGCUGCAUGGAAUGCUGCGACAUGUGCUGCUAA